CAGUAAAUGUUGCUCAUUAUUCUACAGGUUUAAUGUGCCUUGUUAGAAGUGUAUACCAUUCCAAGUGCUGUACAGACGGACGAGUUCUACCUCUGUAAGAAUUGACAUGAAGUGAAGCCGUUUUUUGAACGGCGAUGGUGGGUUUUCGGGAGUACAAAGCGCGCGCGUGGACGAUACCCUUCGGAAUAGGUGAGAAAACAUGGAUUUCCUUCACACCCCGGAUGACCCCGUGGUGCAGCCUCUUCGUCGGGAAUCCAUUGCUAGCGAACCCCCUUUCGACGGCGUAGCUUCGCCGUCUUAUUAUGGAUCCAUUUCUCCAACACGAGAGCUUCCAGCGUCGGUAAUUAAUGCUGGAAAGCGUGGAAGGUCCGAGCCUCCAGCGCGAACAUCAUUGGAUGAUGUUUGUUUGGCCAACUCCGUGCGAAUCGUGCAGCGUGCGAGGGCAAGACGAAGGGUCUUGGAUGCUCGUUGGACUCCGAGCGGUCGUCCCGUUAGGGUUCGUGGCGUUGCCUACACAUUCAUCAGAGAUAUUCGACCUGCCAAGAGAGACAGGAAGAAGGACAGCAAGCAACUCUCUCGGGUGCGGUCGGCUUCCUGUGACGUGUUAGCAGUUGAUUCAUCGGACGAGUUUGUGAGAAGCCUGACGGAUGCGAAAGAAAGCGAUGAAGCGUCGUCUGAAUUCGGAGGGAUAAAGUCCCUGUGUUCGGACUGGAAACGUGCUUCGGUGUUGAUGUCCAUUGCAAUCGUCGAUUUCACGUCAUAUCUCUGUUUGUCUAUAAUGGCACCUUUCUUUCCUGCUGAGGCAGGAGCUCGAGGUGUUUCUCCAGCACUUUCUGGAAUGAUUUUUAGCUCAUACGCGCUUGUUUGUUUUAUGGUGUCUCCUACCAUGGGAAAAAUGAUUCCUCGAAUUGGCUUGAAGUUCAUGUUUGUUAGUGGAACGUUUGUCAGCGGUGCUUGCUGUGUUCUCUUUGGAUUUCUUGACCGUAUUGAAGGCAAAAUGGAGUUCGUUGCGUUUUGUCUUCUCGUUCGAUGCAUGGAAGCCGUCGGGGCUGCCGCAUUUUCCGCCGCCGCGUUUCCUUUGGUGGCGGAAUUAUUUCCUGACAAUAUUGGAGCUGUCAUGGGAACUCUGGAAACUUUUGUUGGGCUUGGUUUGUCAGUUGGCCCCGCAAUCGGUGGAGCUUUGUAUGAUUUGGAUGGUUACUACCUGCCGUUUCUGGUGCUUGGUAGCAUGAUGUUGCUGAGUGUUCCGUUGAACAUGGCUCUCUUGCCUCCCGAUAAACGUGAAACUGCAGAAGCAGUGCGACAGAAUGCAGCGAAUCGGAAAUCGGGAAUGCUGGAGUUUCUUCGCCAGCCGAGGAUCGGAAUGAUAUGCGUGGCUGUGACCGUGCUUUCCGCGGAUUGGUCUUACCUCGAUCCCACUCUGCAGCCGCAUCUGGAGCAGUUUCAACUCACUGCUAACCAGCUCGGACUAUUCUUCUUACUAUCGUCCGUCACUUACGCCAUUUCAAGUCCCAUUUGGGGAUUCGUCAGCGACCGCUGGAUUAACGGAUGGACUCUGGUGUCAUCCGGGUUGGUGGUGUUGGGAACGAUACUGAUUUUCCUGGGGCCGUCACCUUGGAUUCCGUACUUGCCAGAUACUUUGUGGUCGAAUGUUCUGUGUCUUGGGCUAAUGGGUACUGCGAUUGCGUGGGGACUCGUGCCAACUUUUCAGCUCGUACUGGAUGCCGCAUCUGAUGCUGGCUACAAAGAGAACAUUUCGACCUAUGGUUUGGUGUCCGGUGUUUGGACUUCACUUUAUUCUCUGGGGGAGGUUCUUGGUCCAGCAUUGGGCGGUCUGCUUAUGGAUAACUUCGGCUUUGGAGUUACUUCAACUUUAUUUGGAAUUACGACGAUUGCUGUGGGCAUCAUAAUUGGCUGUUUCGCUACUUUUUGCGUGAACGAUCGCGAUGACACAGUAGACGGAGACACGACAGUCUACGCAGAAAGCAGAGGCACUGAUUCUUUUGAACGUGAGGAAAACGAUCUUCAAAAUGAAACCUCCAAAGUGUACAGUGGGCCGUACACAUUCGACCGGUCCAGCAACGGAUCUUCGGGAUACCCAAGAACAACGCUUGAUACUGUUUCUUGCAGCGCCUAAAGCUGUUUUUUCUUUUCUCUUCUUUUUUUUGUGCUCCAAUUUUACGCUCAGAGUUCAGCUCGGGUGAUGUGUGGGAUGGAAGGAAAGAAAAAAGCCUCAGCGUGAAUUAUGUGAUGACGGCGGAAAAGUCGCGUUUGUGUUUCAUGUGUUAGAAGCUCGGAUCACGAGCGAGCCAAUUCGUUAGUGCAAUCGUAUUCGCCAUUUUUUGAAACAUGAUGAACUCACCUCUUUGAUUUCUACCUCAAACGCGAGGCAAGGUUAGUACAUUUUUAGUCAUCUUUAGAUUAAGUUAGAAUGUCUUUUCAUUGAAGGGUGUCCAAAAAGUUGCGGCGUGGUGUGAGAUUAUUAUUUUUUUUUGCGAGUGGCACAUUUUCCUGUUUGAUCCACAACAAGGACGGUUUGUUGAACUGUGGGUAGAUUCCGCUGGCAGUCACAAUGUCAUUUAUUUUCAAAUGAGUGAUCCCGAGAAUUACUGUGAUGUGUGGUUAUAUUUUAGAUCAAUUUUGUAAUUUUCCUGCUUUAUUCGUGAAAAUCCUCAAGUAUUAUGAUGUGGGUAGAUGUGCGGGCAUAUUAGCCAUAUUAAUUUUACACCGAGUCAUUCCAUGAAUAUCAUGUUCAGGGUCCCCCUUCUUGUUUGCAUAGAAAUUGCUUCUGUAAAAUACGAGGGUGGAGAUUGAAUUUUUGGGUGAGGGCCCGAUGUUUCAAGAUAUAUUCCUUGGUAGAAGCAUCACUUUUUUAACUUCGAAAAAUUUGCAUCACCUUUUUUUUCUGCGUGAGUUUUUGAGUGCUAAUCUUUUACUGCACUGGAACAUUUUGGACGCCCUUUAUUUGUGACCUAUUCAUCUGAGAUUCAUCCUUCUGUUAUUGAGAAACAAAACAGCAAUAAGCUCAAACUUUGAAGCGCUCUGUAAAAUUGAUUUUCACUGUUGUAGUUUUCUUGAAUGUAUCUCCUUACUUCGGGACACCUUGUCCGUUAAUCCUUAUGAUGAGUCGUUUGUGAUCUGAAUGUCGGAAGAGUUUUUACUGCUCCAGAAGUUCAAAAAGAAAAUUCAAGUGUUGGUUUCCUUGAAACAUUUGAGAAAACAUUUUUUGUGAGAUCUGACGCCGCCGUCUUUCUUUGCUACGUUGCUUUUUCGAGUGCUUGGCUGGCAGAAGGAGGGUGUUGGGCCUGUGAUUGCUCCGCACUGUGGAGGUCGUGGCGGCAAAAGCGCGGCGCUUGUUUUGUCCAUUCGAUGGCGAUUGAGGUGUAUAGUUUUUUUUUUUCGUUCCUCGUUCCCAGAGUCGUUCCUCAUAGAAGUCAAAAAGAGAGGUAAUAAAUUGCUUCCCUGCAUUUCUCAUCUAUCCUUUUAGUAGGCAG